AUGGCAAGUGGAAUUCUUGGAAAAAACGGGAACGAUCCGAUGGGAGGAAUACAAAUACGAAGAGCUGCGUUGGCAGAUAUGAAGAAUGUUGUAACAACUGAAGGCAAUAGAAAAAUCGACAAAGACGGAGAUGAAAGCAAGUUUUCGUUACUCACUAAUAAAGUGCGGCGAUCACUUUCGGCAUCACCAAAACGUGUACGAACAAAAUCAUCGCAGAAAGAGCAAUCUGAGCGUGAUAUUACCUUGCACAAGGGUUUGGCAGAGCUGUUAAAGAACGCGGGCAUAAAUCUCCGUACCCGGAAUAUUAUAGAAUCUGAUGCGUUUACAUCUAGACAACAUUUAAGACUGAAGCCAACUCCUAACGAAAUAGCUGUGCAAGCUCCUCCAGUCCAACCGGAACCGACAAGCAAAAAGUUGCUAAAACCAUUACCGUUUUGUAAUGGAAAGCGUAGCUUUGACGACAUAUACAACAACGAAGUGGUGUAUUGCGAACGGUAUGCAGCUGAUAACUGGGAUUAUUUGUUUUAUAUCGAGAGUAAAGGAGUUGUGCCAUGCAAUUUCUUGCACGGAUCGAGGAUUACACCAAGAAAUCGAAUGAUUGCAAUAGAUUGGAUUACUCGUAUGCAAAUUACUUUCAAGUUAUUGCCAGAGACGCAGUUAACAACUGUUAACCUCUUCGACCGUUGUUUGAUGGCACGACGUUUUACACUUGAAAAGAAAGAAAUUCAACUGAUUUCUUUGGGCUGUGCUGUUGUAGCAGCGAAAUAUGAAGAAAUUUAUCCACCUGAAAUAUCUGAAUAUCUCAAUUCUUGUGGUAAUACAAAACAAGAAAUUUUGCGUGCGGAAAUUAAGGUGUUACAUAUCUUGAACUUCGAUCUGAGAUAUCCUCGUGCCAUUCAGUUUAUUCGUCGUCUUACGGAACAUUACGAUCUUAGCGUUCAUACGUUAGCUAAAGCUAUUAGUGAAAUAGCGUCGUACGACUAUAACACAUGCUGUUUGAAACCAUCGAUCAUUGCGGCUGUUUCGGUAUUCAUUGCAGCGGCGUUAGAAGGAGUCGAAUUUCCGGAUAAGUUGCAUCAUUUGGCGAGAGUAUCGAAGGGAGAAACCGAAAGAUUAUCACCAGUUUUUGCGUCAGCCGUACUAGAAUUGAUUAGAAAUGAAAAAAGUUAUAGUGCUAUCUACAAGAGAAUGUGCAUCCAAAGACGAAUGGUUUUUAGCAAUAAGCACGUUGCCUAUUUGGCGUCACUUGUGACCAAAAGUCAUUGA